UGAAUUUUGUGUGGAGAACGAAGCUCUUCGCAGACUCCAGAGACAGAGUGAAAUUUGUGGCUACGCUAUAUCUCUGAAACACAUUCUUCCACAUCUCUCUCUCUCUUUCUCUAUCGUUGAAGGACCCAGAAAAAAAAUGGUAAAAGAAGAAUCUCUUUUGUUGUUCAUGCAUUAACCCUGUUGUUAUGUUCCUCCAUGGCCUGUUACAUCGUUCCUCAUUACCACAAUCCUGUUCUGUCUCGUCGUCCCAAUAGAGAAAUCAUCAGUCAUCGCCAUCGUUUCAGCCGCAACCUCUUGAAGACAAGAAUUAGGGUUCCUCGAAGUUCCGCCGUUAGUGACGGUGGUAUCUCCUACAAUACCUUAGUCUCCGAGGCAGUAAGGCUUUUGGUUCCACAAGCAAACUUUGAUUCCACAAAGCUCAAAGUUGAGUUCUUAGGAGAGUUAUUGGAGAAGAAGAAGGGUAGCAGCGGAGGGAUUAUUACGCCGCGGGCAUAUAUUCUUUCUCAUUGUGACUACACUGCCGACUUAACCUUAACCAUCUCAAAGGUCAUCAAUCUGGAUCAACUAGAAGGAUGGUACAAGAAAGACGAUGUGGUUGCUGAGUGGAAGAAGGUGAAUGAUGAGUUGCGGUUACAUAUUCAUUGUUGUGUGAGUGGUAUGAGUUUAUUGCAGGAUUUGGCUGCAGAGCUUAGGUAUCACAUUUUCUCCAAGGAACUGCCUUUGGUACUUAAAGCUGUGGUCCAUGGAGAUUCAGUUAUGUUUAGAGACAACCCUGAGCUAAUGGAUGCUUAUGUAUGGAUUUAUUUUCAUUCAAGCACACCUAAAUACAAUCGGAUCGAGUGUUGGGGACCUCUUAGGGAUGCUGCAAAGGGAAAGCAGAAGGGCAAUCACCAAGGCUUCUUGAGUUCAACUACUUCGAGGAAAUUGAUUCAACAUAAGUCUAUCUUCCAUACCCUAUUUACAUUUCUUCUGUGAGACAAGUUGUACAUUCUCCUUUACUUUCUUUUUGCAAAUGAUGAGUAUCUGACACAAUUGCAAAUUUGCCAACAUUCAAUUGUUCAUACUUGGAAAAUUGUACGAGAGCCUAGUUUCUUAAUGUUUCUUCA